UGGGGAGAUGCUGAGCCCCGAACGCCUUUCCCUGCCGGGGCCCGAGUACCUGGAAGCAACUAGACACCUCAAACGAGAUUGGGACCAAUUGUACUAUUCAUGGUAUAAACGCAUAAUAAAAGAUGGUUCCUGCCUGGAAGAGCUCACAUUCUAUAUAGAAAAGAAAGACAGACCAAGAGUGGGAGAAAGGAAAUAUUAUCCCCAUUUUACAGAUAUGGAGCUGAAAUGCAGAGUACGUGACUUGCCCAACGUGACACAGGAAGUCUAUGAUGGAGUUAGGAAUUGAAUCUGGGUCUCUUGAAUCCCAGUCCAGUGCUUUAAUCACAAAGCCAUCUUUCAUCUCAGAGCUGUGGUUGUAUUACUGGAACCACCAUCCCAGCUGGAAAGGUUUGAAGAGAACCUUAAAUAUAGCUGCUACCAUAAGGUCAGGGUUGGACCCCACGUUCUGUGAUGCCACCUGAUGUACUGGGGUUUCACUGAACCCCUCCUGCUCCACCAGCCUGGAUUCCCUCUCCCUGUUUUGCUGAAUUUGGCUCUCCGGCCUCUUGCAGCACACACACACAGGCACGUUGCAGAGUUUCAGUACCUUCGUGUUCCAGUUAUUUCUUCUUACAGACUGGACCCCUGUCUCAGUCUGGAUUCACCCCUUCCUUUCCCUUCAGCUCAGAGACAUGUCCUCACGUACAUGGAGGAUGCAGUGAGCCAGCUGCUGGAGAACAGAGAAGAUAUUAGUCAGUAUGGCAUUGCCAGAUUCUUCACUGAAUAUUUUAACAGUGUGCGUCAAGGAACUCACAUUUUGUUCCGAGAGUUCAGCUUCAUCCAAGCCACACCCCACAACAGGGCAUCCUUCCUACGGACCUUCUGGAGAUGCUUCCGAGCAGUGGGUAAAAACGGAGAUUUGCUGACAGCGAAGGAGUACCACUGUCUGCUGCAGCUGCUCUGCCCUGACUUCCCAAUGGAACUUACUCAGAAGGCAGCAAGGAUUGUGCUCAUGGAUGACGCCAUGGAUUGCUUGAUGUCUUUUUCUGAUUUCCUCUUUGCCUUCCAGAUACAAUUUUACUACUCAGAGUUCCUAGAUAGUGUUGCUGCCAUUUAUCAAGAUCUGUUGACUGGUAAGAAUCCGAACACUGUGAUUGUGCCAACAUCAUCCUCUGGGCAGCACCGUUCACGCCUGGCUCCGAGUGAAUGCAGCCCACUUGAUGGGGUGGAGGCAUCUCUGUUCUACCACUGCCUAGAGUCCCUGUGUGAUAGGUCAAAAUACAGCUGUCCCCCAUCUGCCCUUGUCAAAGAAGUGCUGAGCAGUGUACAGAGACUGACCUUCUAUGGAUUCCUUAUGGCUCUUGCAAAGCAUCAUGGGAUCAACAGAGCCCUAGGGGCUCUGCCAGAUAAAGGAGACCUGCUUCUCGACCCUCCCAUGGAUCAGGAAUUGGAGAAACUACUAUCUCAGGUUUCAGGGCUCUCCAUCUCCACUCCAGCCGGCUCCAGUGGGGACAUUGCCAACCUACCUACUCGCAUCUCCCCAAGAAUCAGCUCCCCCUGGAAACCUCUCCACCACCGCCAGAAAGUGAAUAUAGAGAGCGAUGGCUCCACCGAUGAGACAGAAUCCUCUGAGAACUAAUCCUCCUCCUGGCUCCCCGUAGACUGAUGGGGAUGUGGGGGAACAGCACCUCAUUCCAGAUGCUGAAAAGUGAUGGGCAUUGCCUCUGAAGAUGGAUCUCACCCAUUCUGCAUCUGCAUCUAGGUGCAGGUACAUCCACACCAUUACCAGGACCCCCAAUCCCAUCCCAGCCAAAACAACACCAUUCUCCUAUCUCCUAAUUAGCUGAGGAAUCUCUCAUCUAGGGGCCACUUCCAGCUUUAGAGUUAUGCUGCCCUCUGCUGGCAAAUCAGACAAACCAGUGGAAGAAUGCUCCCGGAAGACCUCUCCACUCAAUCUUCCUCUACUCAAAGAGUGGUAGGAAAUUCUCCUACUGUUGAUCUCACCCUGUUCUCCUACUGUUGAUCUGCAGUUGGACAGGUGCUAGCAACAAUGGGUGUUUUGUUGUGUAACUGCUCAGACCUGGUGUAGACAAUCUGGUGAUUAGAAGCUGGUCUACACUAGUGCUUCUACUAUAAUUACUCCUGGCAGAGCUGCACCUGUGCUAGAACAGUGGGAGAAGUUCCUAAAAUUAGAAAAGACCUAGCUGUUAUCCUCUUCACACCAUCUGUGUUUUCUCCUCAGAGGAGUGUCCAAGAGAUGCCAAAGUAAAAGGACACAAAGUUUCAGUUAACAAGUACUACACCAUUGUAGUACUCAAGUUAUAGUUGGUAAUAUAGAUGUAUGGCUCAUCUGUUGUAUUAGUUUAUCCUCUCGAAGGCCUCUCUCUAGAGUCUGUCUCCCUGGGACCACCCUCUCUAUAAUUACAUCAUCUAGGGAGAAGAACACAGCAUAUAAAUUCCCUGGCCACAGAUCUUGUGGUCCACAAACAUACAGUGUCCUAGCUGCUGUGUUAGAUAGGAUGGAGUGUUGGGGGUGGGGGGAAAGCAAGGGUGAGAGUUAUCUUCACUAAACCUCACUUACCGGUAGUGAGAGUGCAGGCAUUAAUAUAGCAGCAGUGGCGUCAACAUCACUUGAAUUCUGCCCCAAGAAAUAACUCCCCUCCCUUAUGAAUUAUUACUGGAAAAUCAGACUGUUAUGGAACUGUAGCAGUUUGGUAUCCACUGCCCUGGAGGCCUAAAUGGUGGGAGCAGAGUUUGGCGUUUCAUACUUUGCCUUGGUCUGCCCCACAGGCCAGUUGUCUCCACAGGGUUUCACUCUCCUGAUUCUCAGGGAGUCCUUGCCCCUUCCCCUAGGGUUGUGAGGUGCAGAACACCUGGAGCAGUUCAUCUGAGGUUUGGAGCUAAAUUGGGCAAUGCUACGCAGCCAAAAGUUAGGCUCCAUUUAAUGGAACCAGAAUGGACUUGGCCCUACAGCAAUCUGUUAUAAAAAUAAGCUUGCUCAAAUCCUCCCCUGCCUGUGCCCCUGCACCUGCCCCAGCUGAGAAGAGUUAGUAGGUAGGUUAUUAUGUAUUGCAAUUUAUUUUAUUUAAACUGCUGUAACAGUCCUCUCUGUCUUUGAGUAACUACACCAUCCAGGGAAUAAAGCAUAUAGUGCAAGGUGAAAACUAAGUCUGGGGCUCCCACAUCGCUGUGUCAUCUCUGAAGGAGUCAGCACCCUCAAACACAUUAACUGAUGCAGCUCACAGCACGGUGUUUGCUGAACGGAGGAAGGUGUCAGAACACCCAACUAACCUAAGUGACAGUGUAUAACCUGCAAAGUGGCAAUAAAGGAGCCAAUGCGUGUGGAGAUCAUGUUCCCAAGGAGAGCAGAAAAUAUGGGAGGGUGUCCACAUUCCCUGGCUGUGCAGUGUGAACAGUCUUUGGAUUAUUCUCUCUUUGUCAACUCGAUACUAGAGAAGGCCCAUGUCUUUCGCUAUAUUCUGUACUGGAUGAAAUGCACUGACAGCGCUCAAUAAACAUACUUCUGAAUACCAAAACUUUGUUUCAAAAACCAGGUAAAGUUUCUGAGAACAAUGUAUUUACCAACUACGUAUAAACCGCACACAGUUAAAGCAAGGA